AUGAAGUCCUCCCUCCUCCUCCCCUUCGCCACCUUGGCCUCGGCCAUCUGCCACCACCGCACAUCCCUCUAUGCCCGGAGCCACGGCCUGACGAUCCGCGACGAAGGCGGCGUCGAGGUCGCAACCUUUGGUUACAACGACCUCACGGGUCCCCUCAACUGGCACAGCCACAGCAACCAGAGCUCAAAGUGCGCCACGGGCACCCAACAGAGUCCAAUCAACCUCAAUGACACCUCGGCGACACUCGUCCCCGGCACAAGCCUGGGCUUCGACGUGCCGGACCUGCCUCAUGGCGCAGAGUUCGAGAACCUAGGCAGCACGCUCGAAGUGGUCGCGCAGAACGGCACGCUGAUGAGGCACGGGAGGAAGUUCCACCUGAAACAGUUCCACUUCCACACGCCGAGCGAGCAUCGUGUCGAGAGCGAGUAUUUUCCCAUGGAGGUGCACUUUGUGUUCGAGGCCGAUGCGGAGCAGUUGAAGAACUCCACGGGUCCCAGCAAUUCCGUCCUCGGGUUCCUCAUUGAGGUCGACAACAGUGCUCCCUCGUCCUUCCUCAAGAGCGUCUUCGCGCACCUCGACGAGGUCGAGGAACCCGGCUCGCACUCUGAGACGGAAGGCCUGAGCUUCUGCGAGCUCCGGACCGUGCUGGAGCACUCGGACGUGUACCAGUACGACGGCUCGCUGACGACGCCGCCUUGCACUGAGGGCAUCGCGUGGAACGUCGUCGCGGAGCCGCUGCGAAUCGACGACGUCACGUACCGCGCUGCGAAGAAGGUCAUGAAGUUCAACGCGCGCUACACACAAAACGUCCCUGGGCGGGUGAACCUGUUGGACCACUCAAGGGUCAUGCUCAACGCAAUUUCCGCAUAG